UUCACCUCACACACCACUUUGCCUCUUCUUCACAAUCUUUUCUUUCUAUUUCCUUCUCAACACAUUUUCUCCAAUGGAGGUCGGAAGUGUUCUUCACUUUCUUCAAAACAAAACCAUUUUAAUCAUUGGAGCCACAGGCUUUCUAGCCAAAAUUUUUCUGGAGAAGAUAUUGAGGGUUCAACCCAAUGUUAAGAAGAUUUUUCUUCUUUUGAGAGCCUCAGAUGAUAAUUCUGCCACUUAUCGAUUGCACAAUGAGAUCAUAGCGAAGGACUUGUUCAUUGUGCUAAAGGAAAAACUGGGUGCAAAUUUUAAGUCCUUCAUUUCUGAAAAACUGACUCUGGUGCCGGGAGACAUUUCCUAUGAGGAUUUGGGUUUGAAAGAUUCAACUCUGAGGGAAGACAUCUGCAAUCAAACGGAUGUUAUAGUCAAUUUGGCUGCAACUACCAACUUUGAUGAAAGGUACGAUAUAGCUUUGGGUCUAAACACCUUUGGGGUGAAGCAUGUCAUGAACUUUGCUAAACAGUGUACUAAACUGAAAGUGCUUGUUCAUGUAUCAACAGCCUACGUAUGUGGUGAGAGAGGUGGACUCAUACCAGAGGACCCCUACCACUUUGGUGAAACACUAAAUGGAGUGUCUGGCCUAGACAUCGAUGCAGAAAAGACCAUUGUGUGUAACAAAUUGGAUGAACUAAAAGAACAAGGAGCCACAGAACGUGAUGUUAAAAUAGCCAUGAAGAAUCUGGGUAUCAGCAGGGCAAAGGUGUAUGGAUGGCCAAACACAUACGUGUUUACAAAGGCAGUGGGAGAAAUGCUUGUGGAAAAACUCAAAGGAAACCUAUCUGUUGUUAUUCUGCGACCUACCAUUGUCACAAGCACAAUGAAAGAACCUUUUCCUGGUUGGGCUGAGGGUGUCAGAACCAUUGACAGUUUAGCUGUUACUUAUGGGAAAGGAAAGCUAACAUGUUUCCUUGGAGAUAUCAAUGGAGUUGUGGAUGUGGUCCCAGCAGACAUGGUGGUGAAUGCUAUGCUAGUGGCCAUGGUGGCUCAUGCAAAGCAGCCAAGUGAUAUCAUAUACCACGUGGGUUCCUCUGUUAGAAAUCCACUCACAUACUUGAAUCUCCAAGACUUUGGAUUAAAAUAUUUCUCUGCAAAACCAUGGAUAAGAAAGGAUGGCACACCAGUCAAAGUUGGCAGAGUGACUGUGCUGACCAGCAUGGAUAGCUUUCAGAGAUAUAUGUUCAUUCGUUACCUCCUUCCAUUAAAGGGACUGGAGCUGGCCAAUGCUGCACUUUGUCAGUAUUUUCGGGGAACAUAUCUUGAGCUGCAUAGGAAGAUCCAAGUUGUGAUGCGGAUGGUUGAACUUUACAGACCCUACAUGUUCUUUACGGGCGUAUUUGAUGAUAUGAACACAGAGAAGUUGAGAAUGGCAGCAAAACAAAGUGGGACAGAGACAGAUCUGUUUUACUUUGAUACAAAAGAUAUUAAUUGGGAUGAUUACUUUAUGAAGACCCAUAUUCCUGGCAUUGUCAAGUACAUUUUCAAGUGAUGUUCUACUUAUAGGUUGCGCAAAGAGGAAGAUGAACUUCUAUUGUCGCGAUUCUAGGGUUUCUGCAGUGUUUUAGGUUUUUUGGGUGCAGGUUUUUCAUGGUUCGGCGAUUGUGCUUGAUAGAGGAUGAUGAUGAUGAAUAUCCAUGGCGGCGAGAACUGGAUUUUGAGAUUUGGACUCUUUUCGUGCACGAAGGAGAAGUACGCGAAGGUGGGGAUGAUCUGGAAUUCACCUUGCAGGUUUCGCGAUUUGGACUGCUCGUUGAUUUGAGUGUUCAGACUUCGCGGUGGUUUGCUUCGUGAAGAAGAAGAUUGGGCGAAGCUUCGUGGUGGUGCUUGGUGGUGGUUGAACGAGGAGUUGAUGGUGGUCGACGACAUGGAGGAUGGUGGAGAAACUGUUUCGUCACGGUGGCCUGAGCGGCGUUGAUGGUGGCCGACGCAAGGUGGUGGGUGACGGUGAAAGGAGAAGGUUAGGAUUUGGUUGGUAGUAG